AUGACGCCAGCGCGUCUCCAAGCCGCGUGGCGCUUUCGCCCGAUCGCGUACUUUAUCGAAGAAGACUCGAUCGAUAUUGCCGACGACGACGGUGAUCGCCCAGUCUGCCUUGUCUUUUGGCCCAAAGCUCUUCGCCUGUCGCUGCUCGGUCUUGUCCGCACCGUCGCUUUGCUGCGGGAUCACGUGAACGGGUCGUGCUCGGACGACUUUGGGUUCGGGUCUACCCAAGCGCUCUUUGAAGCCGCGGUGGACUUCUUCAUCGGGGACGAGCCUGGCCCGGCUCAGUUCAAUCGCUCGAGUCGUCUGGCCAUGGCCAAUGUGCUCUUUGACUAUGGCGACUGCACGCUCAUGGCAGACUAUCUGGGUGGUAUGCGAUGGGACGCGCACGAUAUCGCUAUCGUACCGUGGGUGGUCGCAGUCGUCCACCGCUUUGGCUUGCCGUCCAUGACGGAAGCCUUGAGCAGCCUGGACGUGUCUACAUCUGGCGUGUUUUGGCGCAAGGUACUUGAAGGCAUCGGUGCUGACAACCCGUCGUGUGAGCGGGACUUGUACGAUUUGGCGUCUCGCUGGUGGACCGCCCAGUUGCAUUGGAAUGGAAUGCCUGUGGACGGCAUUUAUGUCGCUGCAUGGAUCUACGAGAACGCCGUGGCACCGAGCACGCACGUCGCCUUGUCAACGCGUCUGCCGGCCGACGUCGUCGACAACAUCGUCGUCAUGAUGAACGACGUGACGCCGUUUGUGAAACGAUUCCAAUACGAAUGCGGGUUACCGGCUGCUUUGUGGACAGCGCGUGCGACGCCGCUGCCACGCGUACUGCACGAUGCCUACCUCGACUUGGCGCUGCAACCCGACAAGCUCGUUGUUGACCGCUACGACGAGGCCGCCGCCCACUUGCUCUUGCUGACGAUCGGGUCGCGACGCUUUGACGCUGCCGAGGCGCUUGCAUCGACGCGGCGCGUCAGACCCAAGUUCCAAAAGACGCUAUCGAUGCUUCAGAAACGAGGCCAGCUCACCGCGGCGCAAGAACUCGUUCUCGACACGUACCUCGGAAGCGACUAGUUGUGCAACAUGAAUCCUAUCGAAUUACGCAUAUUUUGACAUGUCAAUGCAAUGUCGUGAGAGAUGCGAGCGAUGCUUGCAGCAUUUCCCAUCACAAAUAAACGAUCGCGGUGCAAUGAC